UCCAACUCUCCUCAACCAUGCUAUCUGUGGACCACAACUCAACUCAAUAUCAGCCCUUUCAACAACAGCAACAGCAAUACAACAGCAUCAACAACUCCAACAACCAUCACACAAAGCUGGACGACUUCACCUUUGGCCAGGCAAGCGACUUUGACUUCUCGACCUCGACCAUCUUCCCGUCAACCGAGCUCUCUGCGUCCAACCUAGAGUACCUCAACGCCGCAAUCGUCACUGCGUUUUCGCCUGACUCGAUGCGGCCCGACUCCUCCUGGGACGCUGCCGCUCGCUUCUCAACUCCCAAGUUUGGUCGUCUUCCCCAUCAACGAGAGUCCUCUCUGUCUUCCCUGGGAUCCACGGGGCCGGCGUCGCCCUUCAACUCGCACAUCGCGAACCCUCACAUCGCCGUCACUGACGCCAAUGGUGACGGCUUCAUGGACAUGCACUCGCACGACAUGACCAUGAGCUCAGCUAGCCCCUACUACCAGCUGGCCAAGACGAUGCCUCCCUACUCAAACUUCCAUCAUCUCGACAACGCCUCUGUCAGCGAGAUGGCAUAUCCAGUCUCCAUCCCGACCACCAGCCAUCACAAGCUGCGACAGGAUCGCAACCUCCUCCCCGCUCCAGAGUUUGCCAAUGGCUUGACACGAUCACAUCCUGCCUCUGUGGCAAGCUCAAUAGCAGGCGACUCUCCCGCCACGCCCGUCACUGGCGAGGUUGAUCUGGCUGAUCGCCGAAGGCAAGGUCAUGGCAAUGGGACCGUCCCCAAACUCGACCGCACGAUGACAGACGUCUACGGCGAUGAGCUGUACAACCCAAACUUUACAAUCACUUCAUCGCCACAGCAGAGCCAGGUGACUGCUGCGCCCAGCGACGUCUUCAACCAGCGCAUCAGUGCCGCGAAUAGCCAGCACCUCAGCACCAUUCGGAAUUCGCCCACCUCGAGUAUUUCUCGAGACAUAUCUCCCUUUCGCCAUGGUUCUCCACUUGCUCCUUCGCCACUUCACGACUGGGCUACCUCUCACGGCACUGUGGCUAUGAACUCCCAGCCGAGGAUGCCCGGCCAGGACCGCAACGGCCAGCACGACGCCCACUUCUUCCAGCAGCAGAUGACCAAGACAACACAGCCUGGAACGCCCCAGACCAUUUCUCCCAAGGAUGCCGUCCUCGAGUUUAACGAGUCUGGAGAGGAGUCCAACAUGCCCCUGUUCUCGCACACGCCAAUCAACUUCGGCAUGGACCACCUGGGCAGGAUACUGCCCGAGGGAAGCGUCAACGGCCCCGCAUCAGCAGCACACAGCUAUAGCCAGGGGGACAACGCAGGUCACAUUCACAACAUGCCUCAGGUUCCGCAGCGAUACCCGUUUAUUGCUUACCCGCCAAACGGCCAAGACGCAUCGGCAUCUCAAUUGAGCUCUGCGGAGUCCAAUUCAACCGGAUCUGCGGCUUACAACACUCCCGCCCCCCAGAGCCGGCCUGCCGGCGCCAAUGCUGAUGGAGGCACUUAUACUUGCACAUAUCACGGCUGCACUCUACGGUUUGAGACGCCCAACUUGCUGCAGAAGCACAAGCGUGAGGGCCACAGGCAGUCGCACGGACUUGCAGGUGCUCGGCCACACCACGACCACAUGGGUAUGACCUCGAGCCUGCUCAACAGCCAGGCCGGACCCCACCGCUGUGACCGCAUCAACCCAAGCACGGGCAAGCCGUGCAAUACCAUCUUCUCGCGUCCGUACGACUUGACAAGGCACGAGGAUACGAUCCACAACGCUAAGAAGCAAAAGGUGCACUGCAAUCUGUGUACAGAAGAGAAGACAUUUAGUCGCGCCGAUGCGCUGACGAGACACUACCGAGUCUGUCACCCUGAUGUUGAGCUCCCUGGCAAGCACCGACGACGCGGUGGAGCUUAAUUUGACGGGGCAGAGAAAUGCAACGGGAAGUUUGUUUCUUUGCAGCCAACGCAAAAUCUGAGUACGGUGGCAUUCUCGCUGUAUGACGUUUUGCAUUGGGCGCGAGAGGGGGGGAGAAACCACCAUCAGCCAACAAUCAACGUCAACGACGCGAUGGCGCACUGUUGGAGGGCAUGCAAAUCGAAGAUGGACGAUCCUGGCGCUCUCCUAGCUACUCUGCGGGGAAAGGUGCGCUUCGUUCGAGACUUCAGGCUGGAUGGCAGAGCCAAUGAGAAGGCUCCAGUGUCUUCUCUGGCGUUCUGCUCCCUAGCUAUCCGGUCCCAGCGGUCGCCGAGUGGGUCUCAGGGUCCUACUGCAGCUGCAGGGUCUUGGUUGGUGAGCAAACGGCGCUGACGUCAUGCUACCUCAUACCACCUCCACCGCUGACAUCACCCACGUCUGCUCCUGCCCUGAUUUCAUCUCGACCUCGACGGGCCUGCUUGCUGCAAAGGUUGGGAAAUGACAGCAAUGACGACAGUCCCGGCUGAUGUUGUGCGUUGAAUGAUGCUACGAAGCAGAUGAAACCUCCUCGCGAUCAUCCUCGCAGAGCUCAUCGCGCCAAUCCGCUUCCGGCUUCAACUGGCAUUCAACCAAGUCUACACUCACGCCCCCCUUGCCAUUACCGUUUUUGCUUCGAACGAUGCUACGCGAUCAUGAUGUACACACACACACACCAAUUGCUUCUAUUUAUGCGCGUGCUACGUGCCAGCUUUUCUGUCUUGUUCUUCAUAUUUCCUUUUGUCUAUUGCAUCCUUGGCUUUCAUCAUCACUGUACUACUCCCGGUUAUUAUUACUUCAUUUUGUUGCACUUGGGAAAGCGGGGCCGCAUUUGGAAGGGCGGCAAAGGAUAUUCGGAUUUCAUUAUUUUUUUUAGACCAACCAGCAGCUCUGCUUUGCAAGCAUAAUCGAUUCGAUUCUCUUUCCUUUGUCGGGGAAAAUGUAUUAUCAAAGAUCAAAGGUUCGCCAGACUGGAUUCUCUUACACGGACCAAUGCAUUCGAACAUUGAAACAAGAAAUGGGAUUGACAUUCAUGAGGGCGGAGGCGCAUAUGCAGGGCUAAACAUUUGAGUGGAUUACUACUAUUUGAAAGGAAGCAGAUGCUUUAUUUCUUUUGAUCUUUUCUCUCUUACUCUUUUAUUUUCUCUUUAUUUCCUUUCUUAUACGUGAACCACUUGGUUGGAUAGACAAAAAGAUUCAUGUACACUAGUCAUACCAUUUCAUUAUGGCAAUAAAUUGAAAGCCCUAUGAACUCAUCU